UUUGUUAACAUCAAGCCAUACAUACACUCAUAUAUAUAUAUUGGUUCGUCACUGAAAGUAUUGACUUGACAGAACAGAGAACUCACCGUUCAACAUGACAUCUAACAUUACAGUACAGGCCUCGAAUGGAAAAGAGUAUAAAUUCAUUCAUGCUGGAGGAAUAACUUUAAGAAGUGAGUUUCAGUCAAAGCUUCCCGGCGGUGACUUGGCUAAGCACUUGGAAAAUGUCAAGAAUAUAGAUGUUAGAGACGACGAUGUUUACUUAGCAACGUACCCCAAAUCUGGCACACACUGGGUUUGGGAGAUAGUUCAAAUGUUGCGAAAAGGCAAGGCUGAAUAUGAAAAGGACGUUAAAGAGGCAGCAUUCGUGGACUUCCGUGCCACCGACCAAUUGGAGGAAAUCCCCUCUCCAAGGGUCUUAAACUGCCACUUCCCAGUCAAAAAUACUCCCAGGCAGGUCUUUGAAAAGGGUACAAAGAUAAUACAUGUUCAGAGAAAUCCGAAAGAUGUUGUGGUCUCGUUUUUUCAUCAUAGUACAAAGAUGGCGAAGAUGAAAGGGAACGAAGAUAGUGUACCGCAAACAUUCAGCGAGUUCCUGCAGUUGUUCACAGGAACAUAUGGGAUAUAUGUGUAUUGUCCAUGGACAGACUACGUGAAGGAAUGGGAGAGGUUUAGCUCAAAUCAUCCAGAACAGAUCUUAAACCUCUACUUUGAAGAUCUUAAAGAGGACCCUGUACGGGAAAUAAAGAAGAUCGACCUGUUUCUUGAGACUAAGUGCGAGGAGAAAUUGAUAAAAGAUAUCGCCGAUGCCUGCGACUUCCAGAAACUUAAACAGGCCGAUGCAGAGUUCAGAGAAAAUAAAUUCUUUAAAUCAAAAGGGCCUUCUCCGAUGUAUCGUAAAGGAGAAGUCGGUGACUGGAAAAACACGUUUACUGUUGCUGAAAAUGAGAUGAUGGACAAAUGGCUACAAGAAAACUUCUCAGAUACCAAGCUGGAAUUUAGAUAUACACUAAAUAUGGCAACUAAAAUUACAGUGGAGACUUCAAAUGGAAAAGAGUAUAAAUUCGUUUAUGCUAGAGGACUAACUUUUAGAAUUGACCAUUUGUCAAUGAUUCCCGGUGGAGACGUGGAUAAGCACUUGGAAAAUGUCAAAAAUAUUGAUGUUAGAGACGACGAUGUUUACUUGGCCACGUACCCCAAAUCUGGUACCCACUGGGUUUGGGAGAUAAUUCAGAUGUUGCGAAAGGGCAAGGCUGAAUAUGAAAAGGACGUUAAAGAGGCAGCAUUCCUUGACUUCCGGGCUACUGACCAUUUGGAAGAACUCCAAUCUCCAAGGGUCUUGAACUGCCACUAUCCAGUCAAACAUACUCCAAGACAGGUCUUUGAAAAGGGAACAAAGAUAAUACAUGUUCAGAGGAACCCGAAAGAUGUCGCUGUCUCGUAUUUUCAUCAUGUUAUAAAGAUGGCAAAGCUGAAAGGGAAGGAAGAUACAGUGCCUCAAUCAUUCAGCGAGUUCUUGCAGUUAUUCACUGGAACGUAUGGGAUAUAUAUUUUCUGUCAAUGGACAAAGUACGUAAAGGAGUGGGAACAGUUUACUUCGCAACACCCAGAACAGAUCCUAAACCUGUACUUUGAAGAUCUUAAAGAGGACCCUGUUCGCGAAAUCAAGAAGAUUGACCAGUUUCUUGGGACUAAGUGCGAGGAGAACUUGAUAAAAGAUAUCGCCGAUGCAUGCGACUUCCACAAACUAAAACAGGCCGACGCAGAAUUUAAAGAAAACAAAUUCUUCAAAUCGGAAGGCCCUUCUCCGAUGUAUCGUAAAGGAGAAGUCGGUGACUGGAAAAACAACUUUACUGUUGCUGAAAAUGAGAUGAUGGACAACUGGCUACAAGAAAACUUCUCAGAUACGAAGCUGAAAAUUAGAUAUACACUCAAGUAACAGAAAAAACAUGAAAGUGGAUGUAAUAAAAACUUUUCUACUCAAUAAAUCGAUUUUUGAAUAUA